GCAGGCAGGCUCGAGUCGAGCGCGGCGUCCCGAGGGCCGGGGGAAGAGCCGGGACGCAGGAUGAGCUGAUGGAGACGUUCCGUGUUUAAAUGGAGGCGGCUUUCUAAUGUUGCUCCCACGGGACUGGAACCCAGACUGCGCCGCGCUGCCCUUGGCUGCUCUCUGCAUGGGCGUGAUCCGGCUCGCACAUGCCAUCACCAUCAACAUGCCGGAACAGAGCAUCACGGCGGCGGUUGAGGACGACGUGCUCUUCCCGGCACGGUACUCGUGCAACGGGACUCCCACCAUCCAGUGGACGUUCCUGUCCCCCAGGGAGAGGCGCGGCGUCGCCGUCUGGAAGCCCGGGGCCUUCAGCAACGUCUCCGCCGAGUAUGAGCACAGGCUGCUGACCCACGCGAACGGCUCCAUCACGCUCCUUCGGGUGCGUCUCGCCGACUCCGGCUACUACGUUGUGUCCGUGAGCGAGUCGUCGGGGAGCAGUAAGGAAGCAGCAAUCGUUCUCACGGUCACUGAGCUGCUGUACGAAGACCUGCAGUAUUUAGCCGGAUUUGUGGCCGUCCUGGGGGUCCUGGCCGGUCUUCUCAUGGUUUCCAUGUGGCUCCUGAACAAAAUUUGCAAGCGUGUCAAGAGACAAUGGCGCCGACACGCCCUACCUGGUAGCGUUACGCCGUCACCAAGGAAACAGAGUUAAAUACUCUGCUACUGAUGCUAGUCUUGUCCCUGUAAUACAUGUGGACUUCAGCUUAAAACUAAAGCCUUGGUGUUUCGAAAGCAUACAGGAGAGGUGCAUCUGAAGAACAUUUAGUAUAUUUUAAAACAAGUGUUUGUU